AUGCAUGAAAGAGAAAUGAUGGAGACGGAACAAUUGCAACAAAAUGUCGAACAAUUCAAGGGUCAAGCACGGCUCCCAAAAUUCGCGAUCCCUCAUAACUAUAAUCUAUCUAUCAAUGUUGACUUAUCCAACUUUACUUUCUUGGGUGUGAUAGAGAUCACGAUAGAUAUUGUCUCCCCCACGAAAUACCUUGUACUUAAUGUUGUUGACCUUGUAGUUGAGCAAAGCUCUAUUUGGUUCAGUGGUGAUCUUUUUGGAGGUAGCGGAGAGCAUCCCUCGAGUAUUGUCGAGGUCAAAGAUGACGAGAUCCUAAUUCUAGGGUUCGAUGGCAUUCUUCCAAUUGGGAAAGGCAUUCUAAGCAUUAAAUAUAGUGGUAUCAUAAAUGAUGAAUCGAGGGGGUUUUAUAGAAGCACCUAUGAGCAAUAUGGAGAAACACAAAUUAUGGCUUUGACCCAAUUCGAGCCAACAUAUGCUAGACGUUGUUUUCCAUGUUGGGAUGAACCAGCAUUCAAGGCUACAUUCACAAUAAAGUUGGAAGUUCCAUCCAAGUUGGUUGCACUAUCAAACAUGCCUGUGAUAAGUGAAAAUGAUAAUGGUAUUAUCAAGACAGUUUAUUUUCAAGAGUCUCCAAUUAUGUCCACCUACUUGGUUGCUUUUGUUGUCGGUUCAUUGGACUACAUAGAGACAUAUUCAUCUGAUGGACUAAAAAUCCGUGUUUAUACACGGAUUGGUAAAAGCAAUCAGGGAAAAUUUGCUUUAGAUCUUACUACGAAGACAUUGGAUUUUUUGAAAGGAUAUUUCUCUAUUCCUUAUGGCCUUCCCAAGUUGGAUUUGGUGGCUGUUCCUAACUUUCAAGAGCAAGGGAUGGAGAACUAUGGAUUGCUAAUAUUCAGUGAGGACUAUUUAUUCUACGAUGAAUUGAGCUCAUCUGUCAAAGUUAAACAACAGGUGGCGGAAAUAGUAGCACAUGAGUUAGCCCAUCAAUGGUUUGGGAAUCGGGUGACAAUGGAAUGGUGGACAGAUCUAUGGCUAAAUGAAGGGUUUGCCGAUUGGAUGAGUUAUUUAGUAAUAGAUGAUGUGUUUCCUGAAUGGGAAAAGUGGAGUCAACUUCUUGACGAUACUACUGCAACUCUAGAAUUAGAUGCAUUAUCUGAUUCUCAUCCUAUUGAGGUACUGAAUAUCACAUCUGGCAUUGAAGCAUUGGAAAUGUUUGAUUCAAUAACCUACCAGAAGGGAGCCUUGGUUAUUCGAAUGCUUCAAAGUUACAUUGGAGAUGAAUCUCUUCAGAAAUCAAUAGCUGCAUAUAUUAAAAGAUAUUCAUACCUCAAUGCAAAAACGGAAGACCUUUGGAAUGUUAUUCAAGAGGAAAUUAAUGAACCUAUUGGCGAUAUGAUGUCUACUUGGACAAAGCAAGAAGGAUAUCCUGUCAUAAAUGUGAUGCUUACAGGAAAUGUCUUAGAAAUUAAUCAGGUUCAACCUCUAGAUGCAUUAAAAAGUGGCUUGUAUAACGUUAAGCAAGCAGGUAGUGAUAUUGCAUGGAGAUGGUUAAAGGAAAAUUGGGAUGAUAAAAUACAAAAGAAAUGGUCAGAAGUGUUCUUACCUUAUGUGGUCUCAUAUAUUGUGAAAUUGUUUGGGACGAGUGAGAAAGAAACAGAAAUAUUAGACUUUUUUGCUAACAGAAGCAAUCCUGCAAUUUCUAAAGCCUUGCGGCAAAGUUUUAACGAAGUCAUGGUAAAAGAAAGAUGGGCUCAAAGUGUGAAAAAUGAGUCUACACUAGGCGACACAUUGAAGGCUAUAGUGGGGAAGGGAUUUUAG